AAAUGGAUUAACAUUUGCCUUAAGCCUAUUCCGGUUCUUCCUUUGAAUCUUCUCUAUCAAGCAGUGAUAACAGUUAAGGUGAAGAAAACGCAGAUUAACUGAAUCAUAAAUUUGUUUUUUUAGAAAACCCUUCAUAUUGUUUCAUCUGUAAGUAAUCUUUUGAUUCUUCAAUUUGUGAGCAUGAGGAAUCUGAUGAUCAUGAGAGAUUUACAGGGCUAUUUAUUCUUAAAUAUGUAUUUAUGAUUAUUUUAAGUGACACUUUAUUUCAGUGGUAGUAGAGAAGAGUUAUAAGAAUGCUUACUCGUUCUUUUUGGAAUUAUCAGCACUUGCAUCAGCACCUUUACACCACUAAAGGGUCUCCUGAUUAUGUAAAAUAUGUUGAUUAGCUUUUCUCUUCCUAUAGUCCUUUGUAUAAAUAGUUAUCACGAUAAGAAUAACUAGUUUAUUAAGUUGAAUUCUCAGAAUUUUAUUAGUUUGCUUAUGAACAUCAUUUUCGCACAGUGAAUACUUCUUGUCUUUAAUAAUAUGUUAAUUUAAAGGUAGGUUCUAAGAAACCUAUAAAUUUAGAUGCUUUGAUGAUGCUUACAUCUUAAUUUGGAUUGUAAUUUUAAAAAUUAAAGUUGAAAUCUAAUAUUAUAAUUGAAAAUGAUAAAUGCUCAGAUAUCUAUUCAUUUGAAAUUUAAUUAGGUGCUUGUAAAUUUAUGAGUGCUUUGGAUAAGUAUAAUGAUUUCAUUCGAAUUCGGUUUUUCCUUAGCAUGUUCAAGUUUACCUAAAUUAACUUGUCUUCUUUGUUUACCUUGACUGUUGAUGAAGUUUAAGUUUAUGAUCAGUAAUUUCUCUUUCGAAUUCAAUCUAACCUUAACUUUGUUACUUUUUGUUUGCAAUUUGAAAAACUUCCCGAAAUAGUCACAACAUUUCUAAAGUAGAGAUGUUCAAUUGCUUCUAAAGACAUAAAAGUUUUUGUAUUUGAAAGUUCCUUUGAUGAAGAUUAUUAGACAUUAAUCAACAAGCUUAAGGGGGAUUAUAAACAUGAUAAGUAAUUUGUAUAAUUCCUCGAAAUUGUUUCCAUCAGGUAGAUGAAGCAUGUCAUCAGAGAUUAACUCAAUAGUACUUAGGUGAUUUCAAAGUUGAAGUAAUAAUAAGAUCUCAAUUAAUAUGAAAAUUGGAUUACUCAUUUGAAUUGUAAAAUUUAAAAAAAAAAAAAUCUAUACUUUAGAAUGUCCUCUUAUAGACCAGAAUUCCUAGCAUCAAAAACUUGAGUAACC